AUUGCCGUCACUAUGCCAAUAAUGCCUUCAGACGACACAUUUCUGUCGUCUGACAUGUUUCAAGUUUUUUAGACGACAUAAUAAACUAAUUGUGUUGUCUGAAUAGCAUGAAAAUCCACACUAGUUCAUUUUUUCCAGCUUUGAAAAAUUCAGACAACAGAUAACUAUACCAAGAAAUUCUCACUUUCAAUUGAAAAAAUAAGACAACAUUUUUAUGUUGAAAAAUGUUGUCUGAGUGAAAUAGGGAAAUUACUUCUCAUUGUGUGUCCAAAAACCAUUUUUUGUUACAACGUAAACUUAUCAAAUUAAUACCCUAGCAAGCCCGUGUUAUUCCCACAAAAACUCAAACCAUCAAAAACACAUUCUCUCGCGCCUAACUCUAUCUCAAACCAGCAGCAACCCAGAGCAACAAACUCAGCAGCAAUCCAAUUUAUAAAACAGUCUCUCUCUCUCUCUCUCUCUCUCUCUCUCUCUCUCUCUCUCUCUCUCUGCAGCCUUCAGCUUUGAUCUUUUUCAUUCUGGAUCUGAUUCAUAGCCGCUUAAUCUCGAGGCCCCGAUCUAUCGUCAGCUGAGGUUACAUGUUGCUCGGGUUUUGGCAAAUUAAAAACCCAAGCUUGAGCCCUUCGAUCUCUCUUCGUGAAACCCUAAAAUCCCAUUCCUAGAUGCCAAGUUAUCUGCUGGUAUAGGUCCUAUCGAAUCUAUGCCUUAUCAUCUCCGGCAGAAGUCGCCGCUUCCUAAAUACGAACCCAACUUUUGGUCAAAUGCAAAUAAGGGCACUUUUCUAUUCUCAUUGCAAAGAAUUGGUAUCCAAGACUAUGAAUUUCCUGGAACGAAGGUGGGAGGUUCCUGUUCCUCGUGCAAUUGAAGUUAUUUAUUCUUCUUCAUCUGGAGAGGGCACUGAUCCUCGCUUUGUAAAAUUGGCACCAGUAUUUAGAUGCUCAAUGUUGAAGUCUGGUGACAAAAAAAAGGCUGAUUCCACAGUCUCACUGGUUUUACCCUGGUCUACAGACCCAGGUAUCAUGCACAAGGCUGAUUAUCUUUUCAAACUUUUGUUGAAGAGUCCUGUUCCGGCACCUCUGGCAAUAGAGUUGGCACUCUUUGGCAGGAAACAUGAUCUCAUCAAGCUUGGCACUCUAAAGGGUGGGAUAUGCAAAAAAUAUGGGAUCAACAAGGAGAAAAUUGAUAUACUGCGGAGACGUCUCGAACGCUCCUUAAAGGAACUUUUUUGUGUGAAAUGUUCCUUAAAGGUGUGUGAAGUGUUCUCGAACGUUCGUCUCUGUUCUUCAACAAGGAUGGAAGGAGCUUUGUCAAUGGUGGAGUCAUCUUUAGAGAAAUAUGGCAUUUCUUGCACACUGAAUCUGAUUAAGCGUACCGUGACUAUCUCAACAACUGGAGCGACCAAAGAGUACCCCGAUGCUCUUGAGAAAGCGAGGCAUCUUUUGCAACUUUUGACAACAACUAAUGUCCCCGCCAUCUCGGGUACAAAUUGCAGAUCCUUCCUGUUGUUAUUUUAUCUGACAAGUACUGUUGCAGGAUGAAUAGUAAUCAGUAUUUGGGUGCUGACAAUAAUAAGACACAGCUAUUAGAAUUUAACUCUUUAAGCUUUAUUUGGAUGUUCCAUGCCAUACUUUGGUAAUUGGUUUCAUUAGAAGAAGGUACUAUGACUUGAAGGUUGGGAAUGGAACUGAGGCAGUGAUAGGAUCCCGGGUUGCAGUACGGUUGUGAUCAAGUUAAAUUUCAAUAUUUUGAGUAUAUAUAAUCAAUACUGUCUCCAAGAAUAUGCCAAUACCAAGUGUUAUUAGAUAUCACAUAUUACUAAACUUCCAUACUUGACUAGAUACCAAAUGAACCUUCGAGACAUUCCCAGUAGGACCUUACUAUGCUCGUAGCUAGUUGUCUGCUCAAGUAUUCUCUCUUCCAAUGUGUUACUUGGCUGCCUUUUAGGUCUAUCUUCUAGAUUCUUCCUAUCUUCUUUUUACACUGUUUUACGAAUGGCACUAAUUGAUACUUUGUACUAUUAUCCGAUUCCAUACCAUGAUAUAGACAUUCUGAGAGGUAAGAAGCCCUCACAGAUCUUCUGGGAUUAGAGUUGUUCAUUAGCUGCAUCCUCAAAAAUCAACUAAGCAUGUAAUGGAUACAUUCUGUCAUAGAUUUUAAAGUAAACUUGACCUCAGAUAAGAUUGCUAAAACACAUAAUUAGAGUCUUUCAAAUUACCAAAAAUCUAUGAGUAAUUCAAGAGUCUUUCAAAUUACCAAAUAUUUAUAUGAGUAAUUCCAGUACAAUGAAUGCAAUUUAACUAAGCAUCUCUGUUUGCAGGUUCAUUAUGUUGCAAAGUGGAAGGGUAUCGCUUUCAUGACAAGUAGACAAGGAUUUGGUGUUGGUGGAGGAACGAUUACUUUGACUCUUUCGUGUUGAUUUUACUAGGAGAGGAGAGCUUGCAGAUCGCCAUGUCAAUUCCAUAUAUAUAUAUAGGGGCGGGUUCUGAAGCGGACGUCCGCACUUGGCUAAAGUGCGGACGGCGACGCAGCGGCGGCGUUCCAGGCUGCGACAGCGGCUCGGGGCUUGGCGGACGGAGGCCGGAGGCUUGGUGGACGGUUCUGGGCAGCGUUCGAGGUUGGAGGAGGUCGGAGUUGCAGGUUUCUGGGCAGCGAGCUCACCUGCAACUACAGGUUUCUGGCCAAGGCUGCAACCACGUCGCCGGCGACUCCACCGACUGCAGACCCGUCCGUCUGACCCGUGGCGUCUGUCCGGCAAGCUCCGCCGCUCCGUCGCACCCCGAGCCGAGCUGUAGCAGCGCCGUCCGCACUUUAACGAAAGUGCUGACGUCCUCUUUUGAACGCGUUCCUAUAUAUAUAUAUAUAUAUAUAUAUAUAUAUAUAUAUAUUGCUUUGGAGUAAUAUUACUCUAUAAUUAUUUGUUUUUGGGUUAGAAGUAGUCUAGUUUUGCUUGGUGUUCUCUUAAAUUAUGUUCUGAAUUGGCUUCAAGCCUUUUGACUUUGAUGAUAUAACAAGCCUUUUGUAUUGUUCCAAAAUGAAUGGUGU